AAAUCCGACUUUCCUCGAAUGCAGCAUUAUGUCCGUGCUUCCUUUAAGUAAGCUAACAACACAAAAGGAAACUGCGAAAAACAAGCGCGACAAGAACAACUUUGAGCGACACGCUGACAACUUGUUGUGGGCCGAGUGCAGCGGCGCUUGUCUUCGACGGCUGAUGGCCGCCAUGGACCCGCAGCCGCCCAUCGGCUGGCGGCGGGAGAGGGCGGAGCUCCUGCAGGAAGUGCGCCUGCUCCAGGAAGAUCUGGCCGAGAGUCGGGCAGAGAGGGAGGAGCUGGCGUCCAGGGCCAGGGCACUUGACCAGAGGCUAGAGCGGUCAGUGUCUCCCCGGCUGUCCGGCAGCCGUCUCGAGGAUGAGGAGGAGCGGCGAGAGAGGAGGAGGCGUGACAGGGAGGCCCGGGAGAGGGAGGCCCGACAAGCCCUGCUCGUCCACCGAUUGCAGAACAAGGUGAUGGAGUACAGAGAGCGAUGUCAGAGUUUGGAGUUGCAACUGAAGGCCGGCCACAGCCAGCUGAUGAGCACGCAGAUAAGUAUCAGGAGGGACAACUCCGAGUCGCUGGAGAACGCCCUCAUCAGCCUGGAGGAGGAACAGCAAAGGGCAGCUGGCCUGGCUCAGACAGCCUCCGUCCUGCGGCAGCAGCUGAGCCAAUUGGAGCGGGCGAACCGGGUGCUGAUGGAGCGCAUCCGCGAGCUGGAGGAGGAGCAGCGUCGGGGGUCCCGUUGGCAGACAGAGCCACAGAGCGUGUCAAGCAAGCUGGCUGAAAAUCAGGAUCAGCUCUGGUGCGUGUGGAGGUGCGCCAUGUCACUCAGGCAACACUGUCGCGCCCUCCGAACUUCCGCUGACAGGGGUCUGCUGGAGAUGAAGACGGAGCUGUCCCAUCUGUCCUUGUCCCUUCAGUCCAGCUGCGACUCCACCUCCUUGCGGCUCAUCAAAAUGUACCGGCUGUCGGCUUCGGCGGUCUCCCCGCCCCCGUCUGCCUCAUCCGGUCUCGGGACAUUGACGCUGGGCGAGCUGCGGGAGACGGCGUCGGAGGACAGGAUGCGGGACGGCGAGGGCGCGCCGGAAGAUGUGGCGCGGGCUGUCGGCAAGCUGUGUAGCCUGUUGAACGUGAGCGCCCCGUCGCAGUCGGUCCUCCAUUGGGACUCCCUGUUGCGAGUCCUCUGGCAGACGGAGAGCGCCUUGCAGUGGAGACAGCAGGAACUGCAGAAGGCGGAGCUUAGUGUGCGGCGGUUGGCCGAGGAGAAGGCCCAGCUGCAAAUACGAGUGCAGCAACUGCAGGACGACCAGCUCAAGCGACAGCAACCCGACAGUCAGUCAACAUUUGGGCCAGAGGCGGACCUUUGCACCAGGAAGGAGGCAAAGAAGGCGCUGCGGAGCAACGAAGAGGAGGUGCUCAGCAAGGAGGCGGAGCUACGUAACAGAGUCGCGGCAUUGUGUCAAGAAAAGGAGGAUGUAUGCAAGAGAGAGGAGGAGGUACACAGCAAGGAGGAGGAGCUCCGACAACAAGAGAAGGGGCUGCACAAUCGGGAGGAGGAGCUGCUGAGGAGGGAGCAGGAGCAACAGACCAGGGAGGAAGUGCUGCACAACCGAGAGGAGGAGCUGCUGAGGAGGGAGCAGGAGCAGCAGAAGAGCGAGGAGGAAGUGCUAAAGAGGGAGGGGCAUCUGCAUCGGGGAAAAGAGGAGGUUCACAAAGCACAACAAGAGCUCCAGAGGAGAGAAGAGGAGGCGCUAAGGAGGGAGGGGCAUCUGCAGAAGAGAGCUGAAGAGUUGCAAAAGACAGAACAAGUGCUGCACAAAAGAGAAGGGGAGGUCCUACAAAGGGAGCAGGAGCUUCAGGAAAAGGAGGAGCAGACCAGAGAGGAGGAGGUGCAGAGAGCACAGCAGGCCCAACAAAGAAGAGACGAAGUUCUGCACAACCGACAGGAGGAACUGCUGAGAAGGGAUCAGGAGCAGCAGAAGAGCAAGGAGGAGGUGCAAAAGAGAGAAGACCAUCUGCAGAAGAGAGCCCAAGAGUUGCAAAAGACAGAACAACUGCUGCACAAAAGAGAAGGGGAGGUCCUACAAAGGGAGCAGGAGCUUCAGGAAAAAGAGGAGCAGACCAGAGAGGAGGUGCAGAGAGGACAGCAGGCUCUACAGACGAGAGAAGAAGCGCUACACAACCGAGAGGAUGAGCUGCUGAGGAGGGGGCAGGAGCAGCAAAAAAGCGAGAAGGAAGUGCAAAAGAGGGAGGGGCAUCUGCAGAAGCGAGCGCAAGAGCUGCAAAAGACGGAACAACUGCUGCACAAGAGAGAAGGGGAGGUCCUACAAAGGGAGCAGGAGCUUCAGGAAAAAGAGGAGCAGACCAGAGAGGAGGUGCAGAGAGGACAGCAGGCUCUACAGACGAGAGAAGAAGCACUACACAACCGAGAGGAUGAGCUGCUGAGGAGGGGGCAGGAGCAGCAAAAAAGCGAGAAGGAAGUGCAAAAGAGGGAGGGGCAUCUGCAGAAGCGAGCGCAAGAGCUGCAAAAGACGGAGCAAGUGCUGCACAAAAGAGAAAGGGAUGUCCUACAACGGGAGCAGGAGCUUCAGGAGAAACAGGAGCAAAUCAAAGAGGAGGAGGUGCACAGGGCACAGCAGGAGCUGCAGACCAGAGAGGAAGUGCUGUACAACCGAGAGGAUGAGCUGCUGAAGAGGGAGCAGGAGCAGCAGAAGAGCGAGGAAGAAGUGCAAAAGAGGGAGGGGCAUCUGCAUCGGGGAAAAGAGGAGGUUCACAAAGCACAACAAGAGCUCCAGAGGAGAGAAGAGGAGGCGCUAAGGAGGGAGGGGCAUCUGCAGAAGAGAGCUGAAGAGUUGCAAAAGACAGGGCAAGAGCUGCACAAAAGAGAAAGAGAGGUCCUUCAAAGGGAGCAAGAGCUUCAGGAGAAACAGGAGCAGAGCAGAGAGGAGGAGGUGCAGGAGAGUUUGGAUGCUGUACUGCUGCCAAGGGACACUGCCAUCGCGGAUGUGAAGGUGACCACCAGCCGGCGCUUGAGUCGUGGCGUGGGUACGCUGACGCACCUUGUCCGACAGGGGGCGCCACAACCAGAAGAGCUGGCCAGGGCAGAAGAAGAAGCAGCGCCCAUCAGAGAUGCCCUCCUAGAGCAUGCGUCCAUGCUGCGUGAGCUGAAGGAGGCGCGGGAGGAGCUGCGCCUGGCGAGCGAGGAGCUGGCCGGUACGGGACGCGCAUGCACUGAGGAGCAGCGUAGGGAAAGCAGCAGGUUGCAGGAGGCGCUGGACGCUCUGCGCGCACAGCGGGAGCUGGACCAGCAGGAGUUCAGGAGCAGCUCGGCGUCCCUGCGGGAGCGGGUGGAGGAGCAGCAGACGCAGACGUGGCGCGCCAACGAGGAGCGAAGCCACCUUGCCGCACGUGUGCGCACCAUGCAGGAGGCGCUGAACGACGAGCUCCAGUGUCUGCGCGUGGAGCUGCACGGCGUCAUCUCCUUCCAGAAGGAGCGAGAAGAGGCCUGGAAACACGAGCGGAAUCAGCUCAUACAGAAGUCGCGAAGCGACAUCGGGGAGGCGAAAACAGUGAACGUAUCACUGAAUGAAAGAAAGGACCAGGAGGUGCAUGAAGAGCGACUCCAUGAGGUGACAGAGGACAAGGAGACGGAGAACCUGUGGAGGCGCGUGGAAGGCCUGCAGGAGGUAAUCCCGGCGUCCGAGCCAAAGAACACGCCGGUGAAGGAAGGACAAAGGAAGCAAGUGGAGGAGGACGCCACGGGCAAGGAGGUAGAGAUGUUGAGAAGACGUGUGGCAGGACUACUGAAGGAACUGAAGGAGUGGGAGCAGCAGGUGGAACAACUCAAGGACAAGUUGGCUACCAAGGACGGGCAAUUGGAGAGCCAAAGGAAGCGUGUGGAAGGCUUGCUGAAAGAAAUGAAGGAGACGGAGCAGCAGCUCAGGCAGGAGGUGGCAUCCAAGGAGCAGAAAGCUUUGGCCGCAGAAGAAGAAAAGCGCCGGCGGGAGGAGGACGCUCAGGGCAGGGAGGCGGCGUUCCGCUCUCGCAUUUCCUUGCUGGAUAAGGAGAAGCAGGACGUGCUGGUGCUGCUGAAGGAAAUGAAGGCAUUUGAGGAGCAGCUCAGGCGAGAGGUGGCAUCCAAGGAGCAGAAAGCUCUGGCCGCAGAAGAAGAAAAGCAGCGGCUGGAGGAGGACACCCGGGGCAGGGAGGCGGCACUGUGCUCUCACAUCGCCCUGCUGGAAAAGGAGAAGCAGGAUGUGCAGGUACUUAAGAAGGAGCAGGUGAGACAAGUCCAAGAGAAGGAGGAGCAAACCAGGGAGCUUCGCGAGGCUGAAGGAAAGUUGAAGGAAAAGGAGCUCAGGGUGGCGGAGUUGGAGAUCCUGCUGGCCAAAUCCCAGCAGAAGAGACACCAGGAGGAGGAGGCUCGGGACGGCGCCGAGCAAAGGAUGGUCGCUGUGCUCGAGGAGCGCGCGGAGGAGCUGCGCCAGCUGAAAAGCAUGCUUGAAAAGCAGGGGGAGGAGGUGCACGAGGUGACCACAAGCAUGCAGGAGGCGCCAGAUGAGGAGCGGCAGAAGGAGCUGCAAAGGAGUGGCCACGACCACAGGAGGUUCCCACAAGGUUGCUGUAAACAAAUCCAAAAAGAACUGCAAAUCCAACACCACGAGUCCCAAGCGCCAGAGGAACAGAGGAGGACAAAAGAGGAGGACAUUGGCAAAGACCAAUGGCGACGGGAGGACGAUGGCCCAGAGGAGACGCGGGAAGACGAGGAAGGGAGCGCACCGAGGCGAGUGGCUCAGCGCCAAAGAGGUGCGGGACGAGAGCGGGCGGGCGGGCGGCCGGAGAUGCUCGACGUCACUACCCUGCAGGAACAGGUGAGUGAGAGCGAGGUGAAGGAAGUUCGGGAGGAGACGAGGAGGACGUCCCUACAGGAGAGUCACCAAGAGGGUGAGCAUCUGAAGAACGCUGCGGGGAGGACUGAGGACAGGGAAGACGAGGAGCGGGAGAGGAGGAGCAAAGCAGGAGAACGAUGGAGCCCGGAGGAGGUGCAGAGGAAGAGUGAGGAAGAUAAUGAGGAGGCUAUGAAAACACAGGAGACGUGGAGGAACAAGGAGUGCUCAGAAGAGGAGUACAUUGGGAGCAGAAGGAGCUCCCGAGAGAAGCAGGACCAGCUCAAGGAGGAGCUGCGGCAGGACCUGCGGCCGGAGCUGCGGCAGCAACUGCAACAGGAACUGCAGCAGGAGCUGCAACAGAAGCUGCGGCAGGAGCUGCGCCAGGAGCUGAAACAGGAACUGCGUCUAGAGCUGCAGAAAGAGCUGCAACAGAAGUUGCGCCAGGAGCUGCGGAAGGAGCUGCAACAGGAGGUGGAACAGGAGCUGCGGCAGGAGCUACGACCUGAGUUGAAGCAAGAGCUGCAACAGAAGCUAAGGCAGGAACUGCGGCUGGAGUUGCAACAGGAACUGCGGCUGGAGUUGCAACAGGAGCUGCGGCAGGAGCUGCGGCAGGAGCUGCGGCAGGAGCUGCGGCAGGAGCUGCGGCAGGAGCUGCAACAGGAGCUGCAACAGGAGCUGAGGAGCGAGCACAGGCCAACGCAGGCUCAGGUGGACGGCGGAGACGAGGAGCGGGCCCAUGUCCAAGCCCGGCCUUGGCAGGGGGCGGAGGCCUGCCACUCGGAGGGGGGCAGAGCUCAACUGCUUCUACUGCACAGCCACGUGGCCCAGCUGGAAAUCAAACUGGAGCGGUCGCAGGGCAAGAAAGGCAAGCUCAAGCAGCACAACCGCAACCUCAAGAUGGAAAGAGACGCACUCAGGCAGGGACGCAAAGCGCAAGCGAGUGCGUCGGCCGGACACCCGAAAAUGGAAAGCAAAUGCAGAACGGCUCAGUCCCUCAGGUGAGCCGCCCACAGGUGGCGCCGGACAGGCACCGUCCUUUGGGCCUUGGGCAGAGACGCUGCUAUUGGACCGCAGCCCAAGGGAGGAGGAGCUACCCUCGACGUUCCACCCACCCUGACGAGCGACCUGGUUUUCCCACGCGACCUGGGGUCGGUCAAGUCAUCGCAAAGAAAGCCUGUGUAUUGAUCGCCGUCAGCGGGCUUCCUUCCCUCAUCACACAGCAGCCACCUGCAGUUCCUAAAAUGGUCGCUCCAAUUCCCUUUGCCACUCGUUGCGCUUGCAGUUUGCAAAGGGAGGCUAGUGAGCUGCGCCUUCACACGGGCACAAUCUGCCUCUUGUUUCAUCUUGAGAGACAUUUUGAUCAUUAAGUGUAACUCCGAGACAUUUUCGAACAGGAUUUGCAGCACAGGUCAACUUUUUUUUCUCAGCAUGCACUGAACUGCACUGUUGCUGCGGCAAGACCAAAUAAUGCAACUUAAAUAAAAUAAAAUAAACUUUUAUAAACAUA